AUGAGAUCGACUACCCUGAUGACUUUUCUAUUAACAACCAAUUCCGAAGUUCGAUCGGUGAAACUGCUCGGAUCAUGGGACAAUUUUACGAAACCGUAUGCGAUGGAAAGGGACAGGCGUGCGGGACCAGGUCAUUGGAAAGGAUGUCACACUUUCACUGAUAUCAUGGGUGACGGACCUGAUAAGAACCAAUGGCGCACGGGCGGUCUGAAGAUGGGAGCCACUUACUGGUAUUAUUAUUUGUUGAACGAAGACGUGGAGUCAUAUAGCGAGGCUGAGCCCGUCACCACUAAAUGUCCUCUUCUGCCGGGCCAACCUCUCAACGUACUGAACGUGCCCAUCAUCCUGCCGGAUAGUCACUGCCAUGGCCGCUCUGCCAGUAGCAGCUCACAGAAGGAAGACUACCGAACGAUGAACCCCGAAGACAAGUACAUGAAUCCACGCAAGCCACCAAAGCCUAAUCUGGCCCGCCUUCAAACCUCUAUCCCCAAUCCCAACCAAUCUUCAAAUCCCCCCAGUGUCUCACCCGGCGGGAGCUUCCUCCAUCGGAGUGUUUCUCAACCGAACAGUGCUACCAGGAGGAACGAGAAGUCGAAAGAGGAACGCUCAGCGUCUCCCCCGCGAGGUCUUGGCCUUCGCCAUGCCUUGACUCAGAAGCGACCUGGGCCAUCCCCGAGAGCGCAGGCGUUCAACGAAAGUUUGCGACAAAAGGCUCCUGUGAACGAGCACCGGAAUGUUCCUGGUAUCUGCGUCAACUCUGGCGCAGUGGCUCCAUCGACGAGCCAUUCCGAUAAUACUGCUCAGUCGAGCUUACAAACCCGCCGGGCUCUCAAGGCAAAGGCAGGAAAUGCGCCCCAACUUCGGAGUCUCCUCACCGUGGAGACUCGUCCCCAGCAUCGCAAGCCCGGCGCUUCCAGUGCUGCAGCAUCUGGCUCUGGCUCAGGGUCGGCCGAUGGUGGGCGAGCGAUGCAUACCAGGAGCGGCUCUGAGGACAUGACGCCUACCGGACCUGAUGUCAGUGAGAAGAGACUGCCAUCGCUCCCCAAUACACCUUCGUCCGUUAUGGAUGAAGCCGUGCGCGCAAUCGACGAACGCGACAAGGCACUAGACGCAGCAGUGCUACAUAGUCACUUCUCCAGCAUGACCGCAGACGACUUUACCAACUCCCGCUUCGUGGCUGAGCACAGCCGAUUCUCAGAAUGGAGCACUGACACAGAGGACGCCGAAGACACCUCACCCGAGUCGAUGGUCUCCACUUCUUCAACUUUCCCCAUCGAGACCCACGAGGCCCAAGCCCCAGAAGAAUGGAAAACUCCCGAUCUUCAUGACGCUGCGACCAAUACCGACCCAAACACUCCCCACCUCACUGUACAUUCCAAGCCCUCAUCCCCCAACUCGGCAUCGGGAGACAUCCCUCCAUUCCUGCCGCAGCUCACGAUUUCAUCGCCCCAUUUCUCCGGCUCUGGUCUCGGAAUCGACCAAAUGGACGAAGUGGAGAGCAAUCCGAAGCGCCAUGCUGCGCUAUUCAGUGCGCUUGAAUCUAUGCAAGCUCUUUCUCUUGGGCAGAGUCGCGAAGGAUCCCCGAUUCUUCUGUCGCAGAGCGACCGGCGCGACUCUGGGACUUAUUCCCGGCGUAGCGAUGCCUCUUCGUUUCGUGGCAAGGCGACUAUGCAGGAGAUGAUGGACGAACUCAGUUAUCUGAAGAACAUGAUCCAGGCUGAGAUGGACGGCGAACCUUUCUAA